UUUUUAAACCAUAGAAAAUUCCAAAAGAUUCCGUGAACAAGUCUGUUGACAUUGAUAUUUCUGCGACACUCUGUUUCCUUUGAAAUUCUACUGUUUUUCUGAGACAGUGUUGUUGAAUUGCAGUAAACCCGCCCUUGUAUUAUGGAGAAGAUCCAGCACAGUGAAGUGGAAGUGAAGGGACUGAAGCUGCACGUGGCAGAGAUUGGAACUGGGUCCAAGGCAGUGCUAUUCUUACAUGGAUUCCCAGAGAUCUGGUACACAUGGAGGCACCAGAUGAUUGCUUUGGCAAACGCUGGUUAUAGAGCUAUUGCCUUUGACUUCAGAGGCUAUGGACUCUCUCAGCAACCAGCUGAGCCAGAAAAGGAAACUAUGUAUGACCUAGUUGAUGAAAUAGUGGGUCUUUUGGAUGCCUUAGACAUAACCAAGGCUUUCCUUGUUGGCAAGGAUUUUGGGGCAAUCCCGGCAUAUCUUACAGCAGCUUUGCACCCAGAAAGAGUGGGUGCUAUCAUAACUUUAGGCGUUCCUUUUUUGCUUCCUGGUCCCUCUGCUGUCAAAAACCACCUUCUCCCAAAAGGCUUCUACGUUACUAGGUGGCAGGAGCCUGGGAGAGCAGAAGCAGAUUUUGGCCGGUUUCCUGUGAAAUCGGUGAUAAGGAACAUCUACACUCUCUUCUCUAAAAGUGAGGUUCCAGUAGCAGCUGAUGAUCAAGAAAUCAUGGACUUGUUCAACCCAUCUACUCCUCUACCACCAUGGUUCUCUGAGGAAGACCUUGCAACCUAUGCAUCUUUAUAUGAAAAAUCUGGAUUCAGAUAUGCAUUGCAGGUUCCUUACAGGAGUCUCAAUGUGGAAACUGGCUCAGGUGAACUAAAGGUUACAAAUCCAGCACUUCUCAUCAUGGGUGAGAAAGAUUAUGUUUUCAAGUUUCCAGGCAUGGAGGACUAUAUCCGAGGUGGGGCAGUAAAAAAUGUUGUGCCGGACUUGGAAAUCACAUAUAUUCCGGAAGGAAGUCAUUUUGUGCAUGAACAAAUUCCAGACAAGGUGAACCAGCUCAUCAUUGAGUUCAUUGACAAACAAAGCAUCUGAAUCUGUUCUGGGGAAAAAAGCAUGUUUCCAUUAAGAUUUGUUUAAUUUCUAAUCUGCUUAAUCCAACGUACGGUGUAAUAUCCGGCUCUGAUACCUCCAGUUCAUGAAGAAGGGGGUAUACGUUGUAAUAAAGUCUGGAACUAAAUAUCAAAUAAAAUCUGCAAUUUGUGAUGGUUGAUGUUA